AUGCGUUAUUUGCACAGUUCACUGGACCUCAGCAUCCGAGCAAUUCUGCCGCGAGCAGUUGCGGAGUGCUUGACUUCAUAUUUGAUGGAUGCAAUUUAUAGAGGUGGAGCGAAGAUCAUUGGGAUUCAGGAGAUAGAUUGUGCCAUUUACAACCCUGAUGGGAUUCACCCCAAGGAACUCGAGGACUGGAGAGAUCGGAAUGGUACCAUCAAGAGCUUUCCUGGAGCCCAGAACUUCGAACCUUUCACAGACCUCAUGUAUGAGCCUUGUGAUGUUCUCGUUCCUGCCGCCUGUGAAAAAACCAUCCACAAGGAGAAUGCUUUUAGAAUCCAAGCGAAGAUCAUCGCUGAAGCAGCUAAUGGUCCCACUACUCCUGCCGCAGAUAAGAUUCUUCUUGAGCGUGGAAACUGCCUUGUUAUCCCAGACAUGUAUAUAAACUCUGGUGGUGUGACUGUCUCAUACUUUGAAUGGCUUAAGAACCUUAACCACGUUUCUUACGGUCGCCUUAGUUUCAAAUAUGAAGAAGACUCAAAUAGAAUGCUUCUGCGUAAGUCACUGCUUUGUGUGGUUUAG